ACGUUAGAAGCAAGUGAUGGGAACUAAAAGGAAAAAGGGGGCAAUCCAAGCCCUAAAUUCCGAAGAAGGAAAGAAACCCUAAAAAGCCAUAAAUUGGCGCCUGUUUUGAAAAGAGAGAGACGCGGGAACCAGUAAACCCGCCCACGGCUUUUCGUUUCCUAAUAUAAUCCCAAUUAAAAUCUUUUUUUUCUUUCUAAUUUUACAAGUUUUGCUCUCCAAAUGAUGGAGAACAGCGAGGUCGAAAUGAAGGCGGAGAAUGAAGAUAUUACCAAUGAAAUUGAAACGAAAGAAACCGGCCACAUCCGUUCAGAAGAGCCUGACCACAAAAUAACCGAAGAAAUUGCGGAUUCUGAGAAGGAGCCGUCGCCAAAUAACAAAAUAAGGGAUGAUCAAGAGAAACAGGGAGGUUUUGACAAGAGAAGACUUAGAACUACCGAGAGAAAGUCUUAUGCUGAUGAAAUUGACUAUGGUGAUGAGGAAGAGUAUCCAGCGAAGAAGAAGCGUGAUCCAAAGGUCAAAAGCAAGGCUUCCGUUAAUGGACCGGAUGGUGUGGAAACAGGGUUAGUUGAUGGAAAGGCCUCGGUGUCGAAGAAGCCUGGCCGAAAACCCAAACCAAAAGUGACAGGAAUAGACGCUGAGGAAAAGAAAAACGGUGAUGAGUUAUCUCAGAAAGAUGCGAGUGAAGUUAGACAUAAGCGCAAUCGGGAGUAUACAGAAGAGUUUUGCGUAAUGUGCCAUCAAUGCCAGAGGAAUGAUAAGGGUAGGAUUGUUCGUUGCCGAAAGUGCAAGACCAAGCGAUACUGUAUUCCGUGUUUGACUACCUGGUAUCCUAAGAUGACCGAGGAAGAAGUUGGCAAUGCUUGUCCAGUUUGUCUUGGAAUUUGCAAUUGUACAGCUUGCUUGCGUGAUACUUCAACAUACCGCCUGAGUCAUCUACGAGCGCUGAAUGUCAAUAAAGAUAAGAAACUAGAGCACUGUAAAUAUUUAGUCCAAGUUCUUCUUCCCUUCCUGAGGGAGUUAGAUGAAGAUCAAUUAAUGGAGAAAGAUAUAGAAGCUAGGGGAAGAGGUAUGUCCCCUGCAGAUAUAGAGAUACAAAAUGCUAAUUGUCUUAACAAUGAGCGCAUCAUCUGCGACAAGUGCCGAACAUCUAUCUUUGAUUAUCACAGAAGCUGUUCAAACUGCUUUUCUGAUAUCUGCCUUGUCUGUUGCCGAGAGAUCCGUCAUGGAUACCUUCAGAGAAUUGACCAGGAAGUGAUUAUGGAGUAUAUUGAUAGAGGGUUUGAAUAUUUGCAUGGUAAAGAGGGAAUAUAUAAGACAACAGAUAAAUUACCAUUGGAAAAUGGAUCUGAAAUUCAUGGGUCAAAUUCAGGAUGGAAAGCGAACGAGGAUGGAAGCAUUGCUUGUCAUUGUGGUAUUGGAAAUUUAGAACUGAAAUGUUUGUUCUCUAGAAAUUGGGUUUCUGAGCUUUUAAAGAGAGCAAAAGAUGUUAGAGAUGCUUAUGAACUCGACCUGGUUAAAAUUCCAUCAAAGCAAGGUGCGUGUUUGAAUCCCCAUGGAGAUGUUGACAUAGGGAAUAGUCAAUUGUUAAAAGCAGCAUCUCGAGAGGACUCUAAUGACAAUUUUCUGUACAAUCCAAGGGCCAUAAGUAUCAAAGAGAAGGAUUUUACCCAUUUCCAAUACCAUUGGAUGAGAGCCGAGCCUGUGAUUGUUAGCAAUGUUCUCGAGACUGCAACUGGGUUGAGUUGGGAGCCAAUGGUCAUGCAGCGUGUAUUCUGCCAGAUAAGCAAAAAAAAACACGACACACUAUUGGAUAUGAAGGCCUUUGAAUGCUUGGAUUGGUGUGAGGUAAAUACUAAUGUUCGCAAAUUCUUUGAUGGAUACUUGCAUGGCCAAUAUGACCAAAAGAACUGGCCUCAAUUACUUAAAUUGAAAGUUCGGCAUUCUACUAAGUUUGAUGAACUUUUUCCCCGACAUGGUGCUGAAUUUACUCUUUGUUUGCCCUUUAAAGAGUAUACACAUCCUGAGAAUGGACCUUUGAACCUCGCUGCCAGAUUGCCGCAAGAUUCUUUGAAGCCAGAUAUAAAGACAUAUAUUGCUUAUGGAUGCGCUCAAGAACUUGGACGUGGAGAUUCUGUGACCAAGCUUCACUGUGACAUGUCGGAUGUGGUAAAUGUGUUGACACAUACAGCUGAAGUGAUCCUUAGACCUGAUAAACUUACUGCUAUAGAAAGACUUAAAAAAGCGCACAGGAAACAAGAUCUUAGUGAACUUUAUCGAAGCAAUCAGGUUUCGGAACAAGAUGCUGAUGCUGAAAUGCAGAAUGAUUGUCAAGAUCUUAGAGAACUUUAUGGAAGCAAUCAGGUUUCGGAACAAGAUGCUAAUGCUGAAAUGCAGAAUGAUUGUGUUGGCACUUCAAUUGACAAAGGGAGGCCAGAUGAGGGAGGAGCUGUUUGGGAUAUCUUUCGGAGAGAAGAUGUGCCUAAGUUGCAGGAAUAUCUUAACAAGCACUUCAAAGAGUUUAGGCACAUGCACUGUUGCCUGUUGCAGAAGAUUGUUCAUCCUAUUCAUGAUCAGACCAUAUAUAUGACUCUAGAGCAUAAGAGGAAGCUGAAAGAGGAAUAUGGCAUUGAGCCAUGGACAUUUAUCCAAAAACUUGGUGAUGCAGUCUUUAUUCCUGCAGGCUGUCCACAUCAAGUGAGAAACUUGAAGUCGUGUAUAAAGGUGGCAUUGGACUUUGUUUCACCAGAAAGUGUUGGUGAGUGCAUCCGAUUGACAGAGGAACUCCGUUCGUUGCCCCAAAACCAUCCAGCCAAAGAGGACAAGCUGGAGGUAUGGCUUGUCUCACAAAUUACAGUUAAGGAAAUGUAUCUUCAUGCUUUGAAAUGGGCUGUUGAUGUUUUGGAGGAUAUGGAAGACCAUCACAUCUUAAAUUUGCUAAAGAAAACUCAAGCUGCUUCUUUCAGUAUCACAUGGCCAUUGAAUAUUAGGCCUUUAAAAGUUGAUAAUCCAAGUAAACCAAAUUUUGAUAUUCCUAUCUCCUUUAUUGAAGCGGCAUCUGCAGCCACUCCUCAUCGAAGAAAAUUUAAAAGGCAAGGGAAAAAAAGAGUAUGCAGACAUUUUGAAAGUUUUCAAGGAAUCUCAACAUUUAGAGACACCUCGCACAAUCCUGUUGAGGUAGAUAAUGAUGUCUCGGAAUCAAGCAAAGAGAUAUCCAUAGAAGCUUCAAUAAAGGAGGAAGGAGCUGAAUUGACCGGUGAAUCUGAAAAAGAAGAAACUUCUAGAAGUCAAGAUAAAAAUGAAGAUGGAGAGAAAGAUAUACUCUCACAUCCCGCGGGUUCAUCCUCUUUAGCCAAUGAGUAUGCAUCUCGAGAUAGAUCUGCUUCUGGCACCUCUGUAUCAUCUGAUGAGCCCGUUGAUGAUGAUCCCAUUUCGCAAAUUAACAAGCUUUCCGCCAUUGUGGCGGAGGAUCAACAACUUCACGACUUUAGUUUUAUGGAUGACAUUAUUGUUCCUAAAGCUAGUGCAUCUUAUAUUUCUCAUCUCGAUGAGAUUGAGGGAGCGACUCUUGCGAUUAGACAGAUUCUCAGCCUUGACAUUUCACAGAUUACAGAUUCUCAGAGAGUUUUAUUCCUUUCAGCUCUCAAAUUUUUUCAGAAUGUGAAGGGUUCCGCCAUCAAUCCUGAUAUUGAGAAUCAAGCAGGCAGCCUAUUGAUAUCUUGGAAAUCCCACGAGGAAUCAGAAUCAAGCAGCAUCCGAGAAUUGGAGGCUCUCAGGGUGGGAAGCAAAACAUACGAGGCUCUAGGGAAAAAGAAAGAGGAAAUGGCCGAUAAAAUCCGAGCUAUCAAUAUAGAGGGCCAGAGACUUGAGGCAGAAAUAAAGAAAAUGGAGGGUAUGAUUCAGGAACUGAGGUCUCGGCAGGUUAAACUUGUUGAGGAGUGCAAACCUUUGAGUGAGCAUUAUCAGGAGUUGAUGACCGAAUUUAAGCCUCUUCACAGUGCAUUCGAACCCAAGAAAAAAGAGAUGGUCUCAUUGGUGGAACUUUGUAGAAAAGCUUGUGAAGGCAAGAAUGGUUGUAAGGUUCAGUGGGAUACACUCAAGCAAUUACUCCUUGAUUCACUUCUUCCGUCUCUCUGACCUGCUUUUGUUUGUUUUAUGUAGUAAGUGGCUAAGUGACCCCCUGAACCUAAGAAUAAAAAUUCUUAGUAAUGAUUGAUUAAUAUUUAAAUUAGGUUAACAAUUAAUUCA